AGUGGAAGUUGGUGGAGGGAUAUCUUUCUCCCGUUCCAGCAGCUCAGCUACACUCCCCUCCCUGUCCACUCGCGCCUCCUUCUCCCGCUCCGCUCGCGUCGCCCCGCGCGCGGCGGGUAAAUGGCCACGGCGGCGCUCCGCUUCCCGCCGUUCCUCUCCUCGCGCGCCGCACCUAAAACCACCGCCGCCGCCUGCACCCGGAGGACGGCGUCAGCCACCCUCAGGGUCGCCGCGCUGCCCGAAUCCGCCCCCGUCUCUGCCCCCGCCUCCACCUCCGAAGAACGGCCGGAGUUCUCGCCGCCGGCAGGGUUCGCGCCUCCGGUGCCCAAGCGCUUCGCGGUCAAGGAUGGCCAGCUCGCCAGCGUGGCCGGCGCGGCCCUCGCCCUGCCUUUCCGCCUCGGCACCGGCCUCUUCGUCCUAGGAUACUCGGUAUCACUAGUCUCCGCCGACAAAAUACCCUCAGACCAAUACUCUCUGGAAUUUCUAGGUCUAAAGGUUAAGGAGACCUCAAAGAUAGAUCAGUGCCGUCGACCAGAAAAACCUAUUGAGAUAUACGAGUUUGAAGGAUGUCCAUUUUGUCGAAAGGUGAGAGAGAUGGUAUCCGUGUUGGACCUUGAUGUUUUAUUUUACCCCUGUCCUCAAAAGGGGCCAACAUUUCGUCCAAAGGUUUUAGAGAUGGGUGGGAAGAAACAGUUCCCUUACAUGGUGGAUCCAAACACAGGAGUUGCCAUGUAUGAAUCAGAUGCCAUUAUAAAAUACCUUGCGGACACAUACGGUGAUGGAACUGUCCCGAUUAUGCUAUCGCUUGGUCUAUUUACGACAAUAACAGCAGGGCUUGCUAUGAUUUGGCGUGUCUGGAAGGGAUCUUCCUACACUGUUUCAAAGCUUCCACCCCAGCCGAUAGAGAUCUGGGCAUACGAGGGAUCUCCUUUCUGUAAAAUAGCACGAGAGGCUCUUGUUGAAUUGGAGUUGCCACACUUGCUACACAGCUGUGCUCGUGGCAGCCCGAAGCGACAGGAAAUUUUCAAGAAACAUGGCCUUUUCCAGGCGCCUUAUAUCGAGGAUCCUAACACGGGGGUCAAGAUGUUCGAAAGCGCCGAGAUCGUGGAGUACCUAAGGGCAACAUACACACUCUAUCCUCAGUACCAAAAUCUCUGAAGUGUCGAUAUAUAGUAUGAAUUUAGAAUAUAUUCUUUACAAUAAACCGCUGAGUCCGAAAUGCAAUGUUAAAAGUUGUAUUCAUCCACUUGCUAUAGAUGGCGACUUGGGGUUAUAUAGUAGAGAAGCAAGAACUGGGCCAAGUAUUCUCAAGUACCGUCAAUUGUCACCCUUUGAGAUUUUUUUAUAGUGGUGCGAAACCAUGUGGAGAUGAUUUUGUAGCAUGGGAAACAUGUUGGAUUUAUGAUGCAAAGGAAGACAUAUGUAAUGUGUGUAAUCA